AUGGCGCAAAGAAAGGGUGGAGAAGCAGACUCGUACUACAACCAAGUGCCUGGCGGCCAAAGCAACGGUGGUGACGGGCAAUAUGCAACCCCUCCUCCCAUGCAAUAUCCUCCUCAAGCAGCAAACAAUGCAUACCAAAGCAACUCCAACCCCAAAUAUCAGCAGCCUCCACCCAAUUAUGGUCAGAACUUCCAAAACUCCGGUUCCCCAUCAAUGGCAGCAGGCGAUGGGAAGCAAACGUUUGAUCAGGUUUUCAAGCUGGACAAACCCAAGUACAAUGACGUUUGGGCCGGAAUACUCCUCAUUUUGACUUUCCUCGGCUUCGCUGCCGUCUCUGGCAUCUCUCUGCAGGGAUAUUCCGCAAACAAGGGCCUUAGUGGAGGUGGCAUCUACGACGCUGGCAACAACUUCUCCCUAAACACCAAUACCAUCGUCCUAUUCGUUUUUGUCCUCGCCGUCGCUUUGGUUCUGUCCUGGACAUACUUCACCCUUGCCCGUGCAUUCACGAAGCAGUUCAUCUGGAUUACUGGUAUCUUAAACAUCCUCUUCGGCAUUGGCACUGCCAUCUACUACUUUGUGCGACACUACUACUCCGCUGCAGUAGUUUUUGCUGUCUUUGGUAUCUUCAGCAUUGUAUGCUUCGUCACGUGGAUCCCGAGAAUUCCUUUUAGUGUGGUCAUGCUUCAGCAGACAAUGGAUGUCGCCAAGUCUUUCGGGCAUGUCUUCCUCGUCAGCGCUAUUGGCGGUAUAGCUUCGGUUGCUUUUGGUGCCUGGUUUUCUCUCACUUUAGUCUCUGUGUACGUGAAAUAUGAACCUUCCGGUGGAGGGUCAAACCCUGCUUGUGCCAGUGGAAGCAGUGCAGGUGGUUGCUCAUCAGCCAAAGUGAUUGGCUUGAUCGUUUUUAUAACCUUCGCCGGAUACUGGAUCACUGAGUGGCUUAAGAAUACGAUCCACUCCAUCGUCGCCGGUAUCUAUGGCAGCUGGUUCUUCUGUGCUGGGAAGCCAGGAGGGAUGCCAAGUGGUGCGACAAGGGGUGCAGCCAAGAGGGCUUUUACAUACUCUUUUGGCAGUAUCAGCUUUGGAUCACUGGUCGUGGCUCUCAUUAAUAUGGUGCGCCAGGCAGUCAGCAUAGCCCAGCAGCAGGAGGCUCAGGGAGGGAAUAUGGCCGCCUCGAUCGCGUUUUGUUGCCUCGGAUGUAUUAUUGGAUUGAUUGAUUGGGCUGUUCAAUUCAUCAAUCGCUAUGCAUUCAUACAUAUCGCCCUUUACGGCAAAGCCUACAUCCCCGCCGCUAAAGACACCUGGACCAUGAUGAAGAACCGUGGAAUCGAUGCUUUGAUCAAUGAUUGCUUAAUUGGACCGGUCCUGACAAUGGGAUCUACGUUCGUGGCUUACACUUGUGCCCUUCUCGCGUAUCUAUACCUGGAGUUCACUAAGCCGGGUUAUAACGACGGCGGAACCUUCACACCAGUGGUAAUGGCUUUCUCAUUCUUGAUAGGACUACAGGUCUGUCAGAUUUUUAUGACGCCCAUUGGAAGUGGCGUGGAUACAAUCUUCGUGGCUGCGGCAUGGGAUCCAGACGUUUUGAUGAGGGAUCACCCCGACUUGUACCAGAGGAUGGUCAGGGUCUACCCGAAGUCCACCAUAAAAAUGUCUAAAAUCGCUAACCGUCCAGACUGGGCCGACGAUGUCGAAAAUGACCUUGACGAUCCCGCAACCCUACCUCCGCAAACCGUAACCACGAACAAGGACGGUACCAAGACGGUCAUUUCCUACCGGUUCAACGACGACGGCAAACGGGUCAAAACCACUCGCCGCAUACGCACCACCAUUGUCAAAGAAUUCGUCAACCCCCGCGUCGCCGAGCGCAAAGGCUGGGCGAAGUUUGGGCUCGAAAAAGGCCAUGCCGCCGGACCGAGCUUCGACACCACAAGCGUGGGCGAGAACAUUAUAUUCCGACCGAGCGUGACGUGGAAGAGAGACGGGAAAGAGGAGAAGAAAGUGGGGGAUGACCCGAAGGAGAAGCUGAAGAACAUGAAAGUCAAGUGCAGGAUCUGUGACGGGGAGCACUUCACAGCCAGGUGUCCGUUCAAGGACACGAUGGCGCCGAUGGGAGAGGACGGAGCCGGUGCCGCGGGCGGGGCGGGUGCCGAUGGGGACGAGGAUGGGCCGCCGAAGGAGGGCGGUCUGGGUACUGGGGGAGGGGGUUACGUGCCGCCGCACCUCAGGAAAGGAGGAGCCGCCGGUGCCGGCGAGAGGAUGGGAGGGAAGUACGAGAGGGACGACCUGGCUACGUUGAGGGUGACCAAUGUUUCCGAGUUCGCAGAAGAGAACGAUCUGCGGGAGAUAUUCGAACGCUUCGGCCGAGUCACGCGUGUGUUCCUCGCCAAGGACAGGGAUACGAACAGAGCGAAAGGGUUCGCCUUCAUCAGCUUCCAAGAGCGGACCGACGCUGCAAAGGCUUGUGAGAAGAUCGAUGGCUAUGGCUAUGGACACUUGAUCCUUCGGGUCGAAUUUGCAAAGCGAGCUGCUAACUAG